AUGUCAACAUUAAUUUUCGCACCCUCCAUUGAUCAGAGGAUAACGUCAUAUCAAACAAAAGCUAAAAUCAGGAAGUAUGGUCGUUUUGUGCUACUCUUCUUAUUAGGCGUUCUAAUUGUGUUGAUUCCAUGUCUAGUUAUUAUAUUACAUGAAAAAAAUGAUUGUUCAACUCCCAGUCCACCACCAAAGCCUCCGGAAUGGAAUGCUAGCGAUUAUAUAUCUAACAGUGACUAUUAUAAAGAUUUUACUGUAUUGCAUGAUUUCACUCAAGAAGAUAAUCUUCGUUUGGAUCAGUUAUCAUGGCCACGGUUUUGUCCUGGUGAUGGUACACAGAUCAUGUAUUUGAGAAAACAAUUUCAUAUGCCUGAUUUGAACGGAUCAUCAACAACCUUGCAUUGGGCUGAUGUGCGUGUAAUAGUGUUGACAAAAUUUGUCCAAUUAACACGUCCAAUAUGGGGUAUUCAUGAUCAACAGUUUCAUUGGAUAGAUAAAAAAACGGUUCUUUUUCUUUCCAAUCGAGCUUCGUCUGGUCUUACUCAAUUAUUUCAACUCAAUCUUCCUGAUGAUAUUUUAAGUAUAAAGGAUUUCAUUGAACCCAUUCAAAUAACUGAUUUUCCAUUGAGUAUUGACAAUCUUUUGAUCAAUCGGCAAGCUUCACGUCUGGCAUUCAGUUGUCAAGUCUAUUUCAAUCUAUCGAUUCAAGAUACAGCCAUUCAACAAUCGAUCGACAAGGCAAGUGGCCGUUUCAUGUAUAAAUUUGAUAAAUUAUUCAUUCGCCAUUGGGAUGAAUAUAUGAUAGGACUACGUCAUCAUCCAUUUGUUGUUUCAAUUGACAAAGAUACACAAGGAAUAUUCAGACUCACCUCUACACCUAUCGAUAUUCUCUUUGGUAUUGAUAGUGAUUCGCCAACACGUCCAUUUGGUGAUGCCAAAUCACAGUGGUCAUUCAGUGCUAGUGGUAAUUCAUUUGCCUUUACACGUCAACAUGAUGAAACGAGUAAAGUAGCUUGGUCAACCAAUCUAGAUAUCUAUACCAUCAAUUUGAGCAUGGCCAAUCAACCUGUUGUCUGCAUUACUUGCAAUAAUAUGGCUGCAGAUACUGAUCCAAAAUAUUCACCAAUCGAUGAACAUCUAUUGGUGUAUCGAGCACAAUCAAUGCCAGGCUAUGAAUCAGAUCAAUUCAAAAUAAAGUUGUAUAAUGGUACAAAAACUUGGACACUACUCGAUGAUUGGGAUCGAAGUAUUCAAGUUGCGACAUGGACAGAUGAUGGUCAAUCUCUCUACCUUGAAGUAGAUGAAUAUGCAUCUCAUGCAAUCUAUCAAGUAAUGAAUGUUCUCACCCCCAAUUCGACAAUUCUUCGUGAUGUGAUUACUACAGGAACUUAUCACGAUGUUAGUGUUAAUCCAACCAAUAACAAAACAUUGCUGAUGACUUAUGACAGUAUUAUUCAACCGAGAAAUAUAUUCAUUUGUACAAAUAAGGAUGUAAUAUUUCCACUUACGUUACACAACUAUAUGUUAAUCAGCAAGACGACCUUGAAAGAAUCCUACGGUUCAUUUACGUUUAAAGGAGCACGAAAUGAUACGAUAUCGGCAUGGCAUAUAGUGCCAGUGAACGGUAGUAGACAAAAAGCACCUCUAGCCUUUCUAAUUCAUGGAGGUCCACAGAAUAGUUGGUAUAAUACUUGGGGUCAUGGAUGGAAUUUUUAUACAUAUGCUGCACAAGGUUAUGCAGUCCUUGCCAUCAAUUUUCAUGGUUCAGACUCAUAUGGGCAAAAUUUCACUGACAGUAUUAUUGGCGAGUAUGGUACAUUACCUUAUGAAGACCUUCAACUAGGACUUACUGCUGCUCUAAAACUAUUUUCGUAUAUUGAUGAAACUCGAGUAAUAGCAUUGGGUGCUUCUUAUGGAGGAUAUAUGAUCAAUUGGAUUGCUGGACAUCCAGAGAUGAGUCGUCGUUUUCGAGCUCUCAUUUGUCAUGAUGGUAUUUUUGAUAUGCGAGAAAUGGCCUAUGCUACCGAUGAAUUAUGGUUUACUGAACAUGAUACAGGUGGCUUUACUCCAUAUGAUAAUCCAGAAGUUUUUGAAAAAUAUAAUCCGAUCAAUCAUGUUGCCAACUGGUCACAACCUAUGUUAAUUAUUAAUGGCGGACGGGACUAUCGUAUUCCAGACACACAAAGUAUUGGAGCAUUUACUGCUUUGCAACGACGUGGGAUUCCUAGCCGAUUGCUCUAUUUUCCAAACGAAAAUCAUUGGAUACUGAAUCCAUUGAAUUCAUUGAUUUGGCACAAAGAAGUAUUUGAUUGGAUGCGGCAAUGGACGCAAUAA